AAAUUUUUAAAUCCAAAGAAAAAAAAAAAAAAGAAAAGAAAAGAAAAGCAAGUAUAACAUAUACUAAUUAAUUUCAAUUUUACUUUAAACAUGCAUGAUGCACAAUUAAAAAAUUUAGUGGAAGAAGAUGAUCACUGUUAUUUCAUUACCAAUUUGGCAUCUUCUGUAAAUCGUGCUAUGUUAUGGAAGAUUUUUGGGCAGUUUGGAACUAUAAAGCUAAUAGAAGUAUCUGGUACAGAUACAAUAUCAUCAGCUAUUAUUGUCUAUAAUUUACAACCAUCUGAUCAACUAUGCACUCAACCUAUUUACAUAAAAGAGAUGCUCGUUUCGGUACAAGAAGUUCCAAUUUCUGAUUAUAUUAAGAAGAUUAGCUGUCCUGUUCCUGUGAACAAGCUUUCUUUCGGAGGCUUAGAUUCGCCUCGUGUGUUUAUUGAAGAAUGGUUUACAGAUGAAUAUGUUACAUUUGAUCUUAAUGUAGCCGAGAAAUACAUGGAGAUAUUUUUCGCUCAUAUUGAUGGCUAUUAUCGUCUCAGAGUACCUUAUGAUCAUACACUUAAAAAUACUGUUGUUUUACAGAGACAUAAUAAUAUUUCAUCACUUACUAUUAGUAGCAAAUACCCAGCUUAUUUUUGGAAAUCCAGAGUUCCAAUGCAAAAGAUUACAGAUACAUAUGAUUUAAAAAAUUGGGAAAGAGUGUUAGAGAUUCCACGAGAUGAUCUUUCGCGUGAAAUGAUACGAAAUGAAAAGGCAUCCAAUAUUAAUAUUGAUAAAGAACCUAUUUCACCCUCUGGACAAUUUCCAGAUUAUCUUAUAAAAUUGAAUAUGUGGACUGUUUAUCGUCUUGAGUUUCAUAUCCCUUAUAGAUCGUUAAAGAAUGUAGGAAAUAUGGGCCUUAACUUACACAAUUUAACACAUGAAUCAUUAGAACGAAAGCUUGCGUUAGCAAUGAAUAAAUCUGUUUCAUCCAGAGAAGAAAGCACUGAGCAAAUUAUUGUUCAGCCUCCUAUAAGAUCAAGCGAUAUUAAAGCACAUUUAGCAAAUAUGCCUUUUGAGGUGCAAUACAUGAUGGAACAUGCAUUUAAUCUUAAAAUUUUACGAGAAUAUAAUGUUGAUUCUGAUUUCUUCGAAACAAUGCAAUUAUUGCCUCCUCAAGUAAGUUGUACAUUUUUAACUAUCUUGUCUGGACCACAAAAGCGUGUUUAUAAUCCCGACACAGUAAUCAAAGAGAUCUUCAAGCUUUGUAAAGAACAGAUUGGAGUUCAGCAAUCUAUACCGAAAAACCAUACAAUGAUAAGAAGGGUAUUGAUUACACCAACAUCUAUCUAUCCUCUACAACCAGUUAUCGAACCCAUGAACAAUUUGCAAUAUCACUUUCAAGAGUAUGCAGAUCGGUUCUUAUACGUUCAGUUUACUGAUGAGCAUUUGGAGCCCAUUGGUCCUAUUGAAGAUGAGAAUCAAGCGCCACCCAAUAAUAAAAUUUACAGUCGCAUUUUUUCUAUAUUAAGACGUGGAUUGAGGAUUGCAGGUCGAACUUAUGAAUUUUUAGGAUCAUCUAUCGAUAAUUUACGGGAACAUGGCUGUUGGUUCUUUUCUCCUACACAUAAAAUGAACCGUACAAAGAUCUUGCAUUGGAUGGGCGAUUUUCAAGAAAUAAAGACAGUUUCUACUUUUGUCAAUAGUGUGGGACAGGAGUUUACGCCUAGAUUAUUGACUAUAGAAAUAAAGCCUAAUGAAAUAGAAGAGAUUGAUGAUUAUUAUUACAAUGACUGUAAUUUUACAUUGGACUGUGGUAAAAUGUCACCUCAAAUAGCUCGAGAUCUUGCAAAUCAGCUUGAUAUGGAUUAUACGCCCAGUGUUGUUCGAUUUAACCUCUGCGGAUCAAGAGGAAUUUUAAUGCUAUCAAAUUUUUUAACAAAACGAAAGAUCCAACUUCGUUCAAGCCAAAUCAGAUUUGAAAGCAGAAACUUACAGUUAGAAAUCAUUAAGGUUUCCAAACCUAAUCCAGUUUAUUUAGAUAAACGAUCUAUCACUCUAUUAUCAUCUUUAGGGGUUAAAGACUACAUAUUUCAAGAUAUUUUAGAAGAUAAUUUAACAAGUUGGGGGAAAGAUGCGCAUAAAAAGACAUCAAUCUAUCUUGAAUUACUUGUUAAACAUUACAAGAAUAAUUGUAUGGACGAUUUCCAACGUAUUUUAAAUUGUGAUUUUCUUGAUCAACGUGAUCCUUUUAUUUUCAAUCUUGUUGCAGCUUUCCAAAACAGUUUAGUAAGAGGAAUAAAAGAAGAUUGUAAAUUGUAUGUCAAGAAUGGUAUCAGAGUAUUUGCUAUUAUGGAUGAAACAGGAUCUUUAAAACCAGGAGAAAUAUUCCUUCAAGUUACUUAUUCAGCUGGUUUAUCUUCAGACAAAAUUUUAGUGGAAGGCCCCUGCGUUGUUUACAGAGAUUCUUCUUGUUUUCCAGAAGAUGUGAAAGUAGUUAAUGCCAUUAAACAUCCUCGUUUAAGACAUUAUACUAAUGUGUUAGUGUACUGUUCACAUGAUAUGCGGGAUCUUCCAAGCUCUUGUUCCAAUGAUGAUAAUGAUGAAGACAAUUUUACUAUCAUUUGGGACCAUCGUUUAAUACCAACUAAUACAAGUACUGGUAUUCGAAGUUAUAAAACAACAGUAACGUCUAACAGUUUGGAAAAUAUCACAUUUAAAGAGGCUGCAAAGUUUUUUACCACCUACAUUUCUAGAGAUAUAUUACAUUCAUUAAAUGAUGCCUAUAUUGCACUUGCUGAUAGACAUAAAGAAGGUAUCUUUAAUGGUGGCUGUGUUUAUCUUUCACAACAUAUGAGUCGUGCGUUAGAUUUUGCAAAAACUGGUGUAUAUGCAACAUUGAAUCAUGGACUCUCUCGUUAUCCAUACCCCGACUUUAUGAAUCGAAAUUCACUUCAAACAUAUUAUUCUAACAAGUCAUUGGGAAGCCUUUUUAGAACUGCAAAUCAACUCAAAUACAGCGCCUACAUUACUAAUCAUUGUACUUAUGAUCCAAGACUUUAUGUAGAGGAUAUGUACAAAUAUGUAGUUGAAGCAAGAAAAAUGAAAGCAAAAUAUGAUCAUAGUCUUCGUAUUUUGCUUGGACAAUAUUCUGUUCAAACAGAAAUCGAAUUCAUUUCGGGUCAUAUCAUAUCUUGGCCGAAAUAUCUUAACCCACAACGCCGACCCAUCUAUUGUGAGCAUAUUAGAGCUGCUUAUGGUCGUCUAAAAUAUUUUUGGAAACAACAAUUUGAUUCAUUUUUGAUUUAUAAAAAUAUAGAUGGAAGUCCAAAAGAGGAAUCGGAGAUCCUUGAACAGAUUGAGGCAAGGGUAGCAGCAUGGUAUUAUGUGACUUAUCAUCCAUCUGAACAUAAAAGUGAUGUUAUUUAUAAUUCGACUCUUCUACGCUAUAUGAGUUUUCCCUGGGUAGUUGAUGAUUAUUUAUGUUACGUUGCAAGCAAAAAUUCUGAUAGACCCAUUCUACCAGAGUAUUUGCAGCCUAUACCGCCAGAGAAGAUUUCCAAUUAUCAUAAGUUGAAUAUGGGAUUAAACAUAGAUAUUAUGGUUAGUAGUGAAUCAGAAGAUGAUGAAGAUGAGAAUUCAGAGAGUGAAGAUGCAGAUGAAGCUGCAUUUAUGAUAGAAAAUGCAACUGAAAAUCCACAAUUAUCAAAUAAUGGUGAACAAACUGACGAUGAUGAUGAUGAUGAUAAUGCUGAUGAUGAAAUGCCCAUUUUAGCUGUCAAGAUUACAGAUUUAUUAAAACUACAAUGAUAAUAAUAAAAAAGAAAAAAAAAA